AUGGCUUCAAAUCCUCCUCCAUUCAUGGUGGAGGAUAACACUGAUGAGGAUUUCUUCGACAAAUUGGUAAAUGAUGAAGAUGAUGUGGACUUUAAGGUUGUUAACACUUUGUCGGCAGUGGUAGGCCCCUAUUCUGCCAACGGGAACGAAUCUGAUGAGGCUAAGGCCUUUGCGAAUUUGAGUAUUGCUCAGGUUGAUAAUAAUUGUGAGUUUAAUGAUGCUAAUAACGAAGAUGAUAAUAGCACUAGUACUAGGAUUGAUGGUUUAAGCAGGAAAACUGAGAAAGUCGGGACAAUGAUGGUGGGGACUGUGGAAGAGAGUAUAAGUACAUUAGAGUCUGCAAAGUCAUUUGAGUUUGAUAGUUUGAUACACAAAUCAGAGAAUGGGAAUGGAGAGGCUGAGGUCUUGUCCAAUACCAUGGUGACGAGUAAGAGUGAUGGUGGAUUGGGGGGUUCAGGAGUUAAAGAGGUAGACUGGAGUGCAUUUCAUGCUGAUUUUUCUCAGAAUAAUAGUCAAGGGUUUGGAUCCUAUUCGGAUUUUUUCACUGAUUUAGGAGGGGAUAUUGCUGGUAAUGCAUUUGGAAAUGUGGGGAAUAGUUCACAAUUUGAGUCCAAGGUUGCUUCUGGGAAUGAAGUACAUGGAUCUGCACAUGUUGAAAAUUCAACUACCUACCUGCUGAAUCAACAGGGAUAUAAUUAUGGUACAGUUGCAGAUCAGAGUACAACUGCAGAUCAGAGUACAGCCGGGCAGGAUAUGAAUAGCAGUCAAUAUUGGGAGAAUCUUUAUCCCGGAUGGAAGUAUGAUCAAAAUACUGGCCAGUGGUAUCAGGUGGAUGGUUAUGAUGCAGGUGUGAGCGUGCAAGCAAAUGUUGUCUCUAAUUUGACUUCUGAUUGGGGGCAAUCUCACGGUAAUGCAGAUGUCUCUUACUUGCAGAAAUCUGCUCAGUCUAUAGCUGCGACUGUAGCUGAGAAUGCUACGACUGCGAGUGUUACUAACUGGAAUCAGGUAUCACAGCCGAGUGAUAUUAUGACUGGCAAAGAAAAUUGGAAUCAAGUUUCACAAGUGAGUGAUGAUACUACUGAGGCUGUAUCUGAUUGGAAUCAGGCUUCACAAGCAAACAACGGAUACCCACAGCAUAUGGUGUUUUAUCCUGAAUACCCUGGUUGGUAUUAUGAUACUAUUGCCCAGGAUUGGCGCAGUUUGGACUCGUACACUUCAACUGCUGAGCCCGCUCAAGCUCAAGACCAGGUGAAUCAGAAUGGAUAUGCCUCUACCGAAACAGUUUCUCAUAACAAUGAUCAGAAGACAUACAAUGGAUAUGACCAAGUUAAUAACUAUGAAUCUCAAGGUUUUAGCAGCCAAGGCCAGCAUCACGACUGGGCGGGGUCCUUCAGUAAUUACAAUCAACAGAAAUCAGCUAUGUGGCAGCCUGAAACUGUUGCCAUUAGUGACUCUACUUCACAAUAUAACAGAAACCAACAGUUGGAGACUCAGCAUGGGCAGGACUUUAUUGCUAGCAGUCAAGGUAGCCGACAAAGAACUGUUGAUUGUGAGAGAGCAAGUUCGUAUUUUGGGAAUGCAAGUCAAGGUCAGAAUGAGUUCUCUACAAGUGCUGUGCCACAAGGUUUUGUUCCUGCUGGGAACUUUAGCCAUCAGUUUAAUCAGCCGAGAAUCAACCAAAAUGAGCACAAACAUGUCCCAAAUGACUACUAUAGCAAUCAGAGUAACCUUAAUUUUUCUCAGAAACAAUUGCAGAGUGCCCACCAAUUCUCGUCUGCUCCUGCUACUGGAAGAUCAUCUGCAGGCCGGCCUUCACAUGCUUUGGUCACUUUUGGUUUUGGUGGAAAGCUCAUUGUGAUGAAAGAUAAUAGCGCUAUAGAGAGUUCAACAUUUGGAAGCCAGAACCCUGUUGGAAGUUCAAUAUCUGUUCUCAACUUAGCAGAAGUUGUCAACGAAAAAGUUGAUUCUUCAAGCAUUGGAAUGGGUGGUGGUAGUUAUUUGCGGGUUCUCUGUAAACAAUCCUUCCCUGGUCCUCUUACUGGUGGAAGUGUUGGUGUUAAGGAGUUGAACAGAUGGAUUGAUGAGAGGAUAAUGAAUUCUGAGUCUCCUGAUAUGGAUUACAGGAAGGGAGAAGUUUUGAAGUUGCUCUUGUCUUUGCUUAAGAUAGCUUGUCAGUAUUAUGGGAAACUUCGAUCUCCUUUUGGUACUGACGCAGCUUUGAAGGAAACUGAUGUUCCAGAAUCUGCAGUUGCCAAACUCUUUGCGUCUGCCAAAAAGAAUGGUACACAAUUUAGUCAAUAUGGUUCUGUUUCCAACUGCUUGCAGCAAUUGCCUUCUGAAGGACAACUGCGGGCCUCAGCUGCUGAGGUUCAAAGUCUUCUGGUUUCUGGAAGAAAGAAAGAGGCUUUACAAUAUGCACAGGAGGGUCAGUUGUGGGGUCCUGCCUUAGUUCUUGCUGCACAACUGGGCGAUCAGUUCUAUGUUGAAACUGUGAAGCAAAUGGCACUUCGCCAAUUGGUAGCAGGGUCACCUUUGCGAACAUUAUGCCUGCUAAUUGCUGGUCAACCAGCUGAUGUCUUCUCAACGGAUUCCACAGCUGAUGGUGGCGUGGCUGGUGCUAUAAAUAUUCCUCAGCAACCUGCACAAUUUGGUGCCAAAGGCAUGCUGGAUGACUGGGAAGAAAAUUUAGCUGUGAUAGCUGUUAACAGAACAAAAGAUGACGAACUUGUGCUUAUUCAUCUGGGAGAUUGUUUAUGGAAAGAGAGAAGUGAUAUCAUAGCGGCUCACAUAUGCUAUUUGGUUGCGGAAGCGAAUUUUGAGGCAUAUUCAGACAGCGCCAGGCUUUGUCUUGUUGGCGCAGAUCACUUGAAGUUUCCACGAACUUAUGCUAGUCCAGAGGCUAUUCAGAGGACAGAGAUUUAUGAAUAUUCAAAGAUGCUAGGAAACUCUCAGUUCACCCUUCUUCCAUUUCAGCCGUACAAGCUUGUAUAUGCGCACAUGUUGGCAGAAGUUGGGAGAAUGUCAGAUGCAUUGAAAUAUUGUCAAGCAGCAUUAAAAUCACUUAAAACUGGUCGAUCUCUCGAGGUGGAAACGCUCAGACAGUUAAUAUUAUCUCUUGAGGAAAGGAUAAAAGCUCACCAACAGGGUGGAUUCUCCACAAAUUUAGCCCCUGCCAAAUUGGUGGGUAAAUUGCUCACGCUUUUCGAUAGUACUGCUCAUCGGGUUGUUGGUGGCCUACCCCCACCUGUGCCAACAGCAGGUGGCACUGGACAUGGUUCAGUGCAUCAUCAUCAAUUAAUGGGACCUCGGGUAUCAACUAGUCAAUCAACGGUGGCUAUGUCAUCAUUAAUUCCUUCUCAAUCCAUGGAGUCUAUAAGUGAAGGGGCAGCUGAUGGCAGUAAAUUGACAAUGCAUACAAGAAGUAUUUCUGAACCUAACUUUGGAUUUAGUCCAAUACAGGGUCAGGCUGAUUCAGUAAAGGGAGCUAAUUCCACUGGUGAGCAAGUUAAAGCAUCAGCAGCAGGAAGUACAUCUCGUUUUGGCCGUUUUGGUUUUGGAUCCCAGCUAUUGCAGAAGACUGUAGGUUUAGUGUUGAAACCCCGUCAAGGUCGCCAGGCAAAAUUGGGUGAACAAAACAAGUUCUAUUAUGACGAGAAACUCAAGAGAUGGGUGGAGGAAGGUGCUGAACCUCCAGCUCAGGAAGCAGCCCUUCCACCACCACCACCAACUUCAGUUUUCCAGAACGGAACAUCAGAUUAUAACUUAAAGAGUGCAUUACUGGGUGAAACUUCUCAUAGCAAUGGAAGUGCAGAGAUUAAAAGUCCAAGUAGUUCAGAUCAUAGUUCAGGAAUGCCACCACUUCCUCCAACCUCCAAUCAAUUCUCGGCCCGUGGAAGAAUGGGUGUUCGAUCACGGUAUGUUGACACCUUUAACAAGGGUGGUGGCAACCCAACAAAUUUGUUCCAAUCUCCAUCUGUUCCUUCUGCUAAACCAGCAAGUGCAGCUAACCCAAAAUUCUUUGUGCCAACGUCCGUACCCUUUGUUGAACAGUCCGUAGACACUCCUGCAAAUACCAUGCAAGAUACUUCAUAUACUACUGAAAAUCCUUCUACUUCCUCUACAAGUGAUUUAUUCCAGUCUCCUGCACUUCCAUCUUCCAUGGCCAAUCAAAAAUUCGCAAGCAUGAGCAACAUCUCUAACAUGGAGACGACGAGUGGCAAUGGCUCAGCUCAUUCACGGCGUACAGCAUCAUGGAGUGGAAGUUUUGACGGUUCUUUCAGUCCUCCAGUUAAGGCUGAAGUAAAACCUUUGGGAGAGGUAUUGAACCACCCUUCAUCGUUCACGCCAAAAGACUCUUCUUUAGUGCAACCGGGAAUGAAUGUGCCCGGCUUUGGGGAUGACCUUCAUGAAGUGGAACUCUGA